UACUGAAUCAGAUUCAGCGGGUGUUGGCAAAAGGUUUCAGCUGCAUGCAGUAAGGUUAUUAUUUUUGGAUGGAUUUAUUCAUCAAACAAUACUUCCAUUCACUUGCAGGUCAUUAAAUCAUAAUUGGCAGACGCCGUGCGUGCCUGACGCGGCUGUGUGACAGGCCCCCUAGGCCAACAGUCUACCGCAUCUGAGAAGAACAGCCGGCAAACAGUGAACACAUUACAGCGCUGCAAACCCAUGCAGCACGCUAUUCAGUGAGUGGUUUGGUUGAGGCAUCUUAGUGUCACAUCAGAAACAGCUUCCUACCUUCACCGUAACUAAAGUACCAUGUCACACCACAAAGUCAUAUCUGCAGGAGCAAGGUGACGAAAAAUUUAUACCAACGAUGUUAUCGGCUACACGUCAUCCAUACUAACUUCAAGUGGGACGUCAUGGAGACUCAAACGAUGAAAAUAAAAGAAAAUAGUAAUUAAAAAAAAAUAUCCCGUCAUUAACAAAAUAGAAAGAAAGCUCUGCUUCCACAACGACAUUUCUUCAGUGUUGCUCUGCUUAAUGCAGGUGCCCACUCACUCCAGCAGUCUAUGGGACGCACACCAAGGCUGCACCAUAGCUAUGAGCGCUGCCGUCAGUCGGGGAAUAGAAUCAGUCAACAAUAAUAAGUAUAUCCCGGACCAGCACCAAUCUUGUACACAACAUAAGAGAAAGAAACAAAAACCAGUUCACGGCGGGGCAGAGAACACCAGCCCUCACUUGUAGUGGGGACGAUCAAGCACAGUGUUAAAAUAAGUUACAAUGGCACAUUGGAAUGACACAAAGUCAAGGGUUGACUGCUUUCCCCUCUCCAGCAGCCACCACCGCCAUCACCACCAUCUCACCGCUAUAUAAGCCGCGCCGCUUCUCCGUCACCACCAUUCACACUCCUGCCUCCUGCAUCAACAUGGCCUGCAAGCUUCUCCUCGUCUUGGCCACCCUAGUGGCCCUCUCCGCCGCCUCCUACGUGCCCCAGGACUCCUAUAGAGCAGCGCCCGCCAACUAUGACUUCAACUGGGCCGUCAACGACGCUGCUUCCGGCAACAACUACGCCCACCAGGAGGCCCGCGACGGAGACAACACGCAGGGAUACUACUUCGUGCAGCUGCCCGACGGUCGCCUGCAGAAGGUCACCUAUUCUGUGCAGGGCGACUCAGGCUUCCUGGCCGAGGUCACUUACGAGGGCGAGGCCCAGUACCCACAGCAGGGAUACGGCGCCCCUGCCAGGCAUCCGACGCCCACCUACGGCACCCCUGGCCCGCAAUACGCCCGCUGAGCACACUUCCCUCCCUCCCGACGCCAGGACCCGCGCCCCCUCACCGCCACUCAUUCCUCACCUCUUUCUGUAUUUAUUGACUCCCUCCGUGCAUAACUUGCAAUAAAGACAAGGCAAGCA